UCGGUCAAGAUAGGGUUUCUUCACCUCUCGGUCAUGUAUAAUUCAGCCCCAGAGGCUGAGGAUCACCUGGAGAGAGAGUCACACACACGAAAAGGAAGUGUCUGAAGUCACAGAGGUUUCAAGAGGACAGAAGAAGAGGAAAGAGAACAGGCUGGCAGAAAAUGCAGGAGGUGGUGAGGAAACGGCCGAUAAUAUCUGCCAGAGAGAGAGGCCCGGGCCCUGGACGCUACGCUCUGCCCCCUACAGUUGGAUACAUCAACCAUGACUUCACCAAGCCUAGCAGCCCGGCUUACACCUUACACAGCCGCAUGAGCAGCGCCAUGGUCUCUGUGGACUCCAGCCCAGGUCCAAGGUACCACAUUGAUGCCAAGGUCACCAGGUUUGGCAGGAUGGAAACUCCUUCCUACUCCAUGCAGGGCAGAGAAAGACGCACAGGGAAAAAAGGUGAGGUGUUCCAGACUCCAGGGCCGGGGGCCUACAGCCCAGAGAAGGCCCCACCUGUCAAUGCUCACCACAGACCACCAUCCUACACCAUCGGCAGCCGCACCAGAUAUCGCUCUGUGGACGCAGUGCCAGCACCAAACAGCUACAGUCUCCCUCACCUGCUGGGCUGUCAGGUUCCUAACAAGCCCUCCAGUGCCAGUUACAGCUUCUCAAGUCGGAGGAAGGUCGGAGCUCCAGCAGAAGACCUCUCCAUGAGCCCCGGACCAGCAAAAUACAAUAUCAUCAAUCCAGACAUUUACCGCCAGCGUCAGCCCUCCUUCUCCAUGCAGGGCCGGACUAAGAGGCCUAAUUAUUCCUCUGCUAUUCCCGGGCCUGGCACCUACAGCCCGGAGAAGUUGUACAUGCACCUCCCCAAACCCCCUUCAUGCACUAUGGGAAUCAGACACUCUGAGUUUGUUACCCCACUCGUGGUGCAUGUAGUUGACUGAAUGGCCGAACACUUUCUUUACAGCUGACUUGUUUUUAUUCAAUUUUCACACAAAUGCUGAUCUGACACAAAUUAAUGAAGAAGAGGUGAAAUGAGUCACCCUGAUUUAUUAUCACAAUGUGUAAGAGAACAGGUAACAUAAGCAGCUUAAAACACAAACAGCUCUACACAAAAACAAACUGACAGUAUUACAAUAAAUAAUAAAAUAAUUAAAUGUGUGUCCCUUUUAUAAAUAAUACAAACUUAAUAGCUAUAGCCAGCAACCAUAUGGU